AUGGACCCUUAUACACCUCCCAUGACUCUUUCGCCCCAAUCACCACCAACCGGGUCAACCGCUAACAAUGCCGUAUUUCGACCCCGCCGAUCUGAUGACUGGCACGAGUAUCGUGAGGUUAUUGAACAACUCUACCGCAGCGAUCAGCUUAAAUUGCGAGAUGUCAAACGCAUCAUGGAGCGAGAUUACAAAUUUAUCGCCUCAGAAAAACAAUACAAGGAUCGACUCGCCGCUUGGAAUGUCCGAAAAAAUAUCAAAGCCGCCGAGGUACAAGUUCUGAUUCGCAAAAAAGCCAAACGUGCCGCCCGAGGCAAGGCUACAGCAUUCCGUCGAGCAGGUCAAGAAGUGGACCAAAAACGACUCACUCGUUUCGUUCGUCGAUAUGGUCACACAUGGGUGAAGCCACGAGAUAAAGAUGAAGAAUUGGGAAGUCCCGAGCCAAGUACGUUCUAUUUAUUAACCCCAUCCGACAUGUCUUGUUAUACACCGGAACCCGAAGAUGAAACUCCAACACCAGUAUCGCCGCUAGAUGUGCAUUCACCAACCAGAGAGACUCCGCCAUACCCGCUGAAUUACGCAGACCCAAAUAAUAUCGCGACUAUGCCCGACCUAGUCAUUGGUGAUGAGCAAUCCUAUCCUAUGGGCAUGCACUCGCAUUCGCACUCACACCCGCACCCGCACUCGCACUCGCACUCUAAUCCGCCUACUCGCCACCCAUAUCACCCAUCAGAACUCUCCCGACCAACUCACACUCAUCCAUCGCUUCAAUCGAUAAUCAAUUCAACACAUUCAACACCCCGUCCACAAAUUCAGACCCUUCCAGCAGCUCGCCCAUCAAUCUACUCCUCUGUACAUCCCCCAGUUACGACCGCUACAACCACAUCAGCAUCUCAUGUAUCGACCCAUGUAUCGACCCACCACGAUGAUAUCGAUGCUCCAGGUGAAGUCGUCCAUCACAAUGAUGAGUGGAAUCGCCUCGAUACUUUCCAGACCCGUCUAGAAGGUCUACAGUAUACGUUAGAUCGGACCAUGUCCAAAUGGGAUGCCCCAGAUUCGAACCAAGAAAUGAGUCACCACGAAGGUCUCGGACUAUGA